AAUGAAAAAACGGUUUUAGUGCGCUGUUGUCGUCGUUGCGGUUGGCGCGUUGCGUUAAACAACAUUCAACAAAAUUUUCGGUUAUUUUGGUUCGUUACAUUUGAUUUGGAUUUUAGUUGUGUUUGCGUUCAAGUGUUGGACAAUUGGCUGAAGGAGCAGCCUGUCGCGGUUCAGGACAACAACCCAAAACUAACAGCAAAAAAGAGCAAAAAUUCACGAAAGAGAGGAAGAGGAAGAGGCAACGGCAGACAUCAAGCAAAAGUUAACUGUAUUAGAAGCUAUUUAUAGACUAACGGCGCGCGCGUUUGACUGGCUUCUCUAUUUAAUUGGCCUUCCGCGAUUGCGACAGAGCAACACCACCACCCAUCCACCCGCCUACCCGCCUGCCCGCCCACCCCGUUGCACAAGCGUUGCGUGCAACAUGGAACAGCUGUGCUACAUCGCGCUCAGCUGCCUGCUGGCCAUUGUCUUGCUGUACGGCCUGCUGGAGCUGCACUACUUCCUGCGCAUGUGCCUCUGUGUGCUGCUGGCGCGUUUCAUCAAGCGACGCUGCCACAUCCUGGAGACGACCAGCGUGAAUGGCCUCUGCUUGAGCAACGAUGUGGACACGCUGCUUUACCACAUGAAUAACGCGCGAUAUUUUCGGGAAUUGGAUUUCGCACGCGUCGAUUUCUAUGAGCGCACGCAGCUCUAUAGCACGAUCCGGCGCUUGGGCGGUUCGGUGUUUCAGGGCGCGGCGACCAUACGCUACCGUCGCUUCAUACGACCCUUUCAGCGCUUCAUCAUCGAGUCCAGGAUCAUCUACUGGGACGAGCAGUCGCUGUUCAUGGAGCAUCGGUUCUUGCGGCCCUCGGAUCAGUUUGUCCACUGCAUCGCCAUCUGCCGGCAGCGGGUGAUCGAUGUGCCCAUGGACACGGUGAUGGCCGAGCUGCUGGCCAAGACGCCGCUGCAGGCGUCGCGGCACACGCUCAGCUCCACCGCCAGCCUGCAGCCGGUGGGCAUGGGCAGUGGCACGCCCAUGCCGCAAACGGCCCUGGAGGCGGGCCAGGCGGAGAACGGCCAUGUGGCCACAGCCGGCGGCACGCCAGCGCCGGCCGCAGCGACAGCGACUACGGCGUACAGCAUCAAGAUGAAGCCGCCGCUGCCGCCGGAGCUGUGCAAGUGGAUUGAGUACAAUGAGAUGUCCAGCAAGAAUUUACGCAGCGGCUGCUGACCAUAGAGGGGGGCAGUGGAAGGAGAGCAGCAGCAGGAGCAGCAGCAGCAGCAG